AUGGAGUGUUUCUCAAAGAAUGAUGAGGGCAAACUUGAUGAGCUUAUUUUCAUUCACCGUUUUGCAUUUACUAUUGUUUAUGUGGACAAUCGCAUCCAUUCGGCUACAUUUUCCUCCACUUAUGGUAGCCGUUCCAUUGAUUGGUUUUUUGAUAUAUCAUGCGAUCGACGAGCACCACAAAUUCGGCUUGCACAACGACGAAUGCGAAUCGAUGAAACCUACCCGUCGGGUUUUAUCCUUCUUAAAUACUAUGCUGUUUCCAGGAAGUAUGAUCAAAUCAAUGAAUUCGAAAUGAGAGAAAAGCCGUUCAGUGGUUUAUUUGUUGUACCAGAAGAUAGUGAAUUCUUUCGGACGAUUUUCACUACUCUCCAUUCACAGAUAUUUGAUGGCGGUGAAAUAGUUAUUACUGUAAGAAUUAUAUUCAAAGCCAAAGAUUUUUUUGGAAUGCUACGACGUCGUGAAAGGGCUCCACCAACCCAAAUUUACGAGAACGAUUCUCGAUCAAUCGCAUUGGCACAAAUUCUAAAUGCUCAAAGGGAUUUCAAAAUUAUGGCCAGUGAUGGCGAGAUCAAGACAUCAAAAUAUCUGCUCUAUUUGUCGACAAAUUAUUUCCAUGAGUUGAUCACAACAAACCCGUUUGCUUCCUCUGCUGUCUUGGAUUUUAAUCGAGAAAUUAUUGAAAAGGUUCUCGACUUUGCAUUUAAAGGCACCUAUAAUAUGGAAGUACAGUUAAUUGACAAAGUUCGGAAAUUUUUGCAGUGCGUCCGCAGAAUAAAACCUCUAAAACAGACUGAAAUUAUCAAUCAUAUAUCCGUCAAACUCAAUGAAACUCUCUUACAAAACUGGAAAAGUGUAAGUUUGGACGACGCCGUCAAAAUACUAGAUAUCGCUUACGAACAACAAUUCGCCAAUCUUCUCGAUUCGGCAAUGAACCUCAUAGUCGAUCAGUACUUUAUUGAUUUUCGACUCAGGUACAAUGAACAUUCGGAAGGUGAGAACGGAGAGCUAUUUCGACGGUUGAACCAUUCGGCAGUUGCCGAUUUUCUCGCUCCGACGAAUGUAAUGCUGACAAGUUACCGGAAACGUGGCUCUGUGACGCGAAUUUUGAAAUAUAAAACUAGAGUACCUCCAAAAAGACAGUUUAUUGAAUGA